AUGAAGAGCCAAGAGAAGAAGAACUCACUAUCUCCAAAACGACAACAUGACAGCCAGAUCUCCACCAUAGAAAAGAAUUCAGACGUUAUCUACAUCCCUUUCGAUCUAACCGAGGAGAUACUCUCGAAACUCCCGGUGAAGUCACUUGCGAGGUUCCAAUGUGUAUCGAAGCUAUGGUCAUCUCUUAUCACCAACUCCAUCAUGAGUUGGGCUUUGGCUAAGCCACGUCUACUAGUCAUCUUCGACCGUCGGAUGUUUGCAUCUUCGGUUAUAUCUCUUUCUAGUUACCCUCUAAGCACAUACGAAGAAUCAGUACCCGCGGAACAAGACGGUCACGCAUUAGUCAGUAUCGAAUCAGAGAUACCCGCAAGCUUUAUGGACGGAUUCUUCGGUUAUGAUCCCGUUGAGAAUCAAUACAAAGUGUUUUGCAUGAUUAGAGCUCGAGCGUCACAAACCUUUGAAGAGUCGUAUAAAGUUUUCACAUUGGGAGAUCCAAAGAAACAGUGGAGGAUUAUUCAAGGCUUUGAAACAUUCUUAUCUCCAACAAUGACCACUAGGGUAUGCAUCAACGGAAAAAUCUACUUCAGAGCUAGUGUAGGAAGGUAUGGUAACAUUCCAAAACCUAAUGAUUCUCAGAAUAUGUUGUUGAGCUUCGACGUUAGGUCAGAGAGAUUUUAUCACGCAGAGCUACCGGAUCAGUCUAGGAGUUUGACUUUGGUAAACUACAAAGGGAUGUUUGAUCUCGGGAAGAUCAUGCCGAGAAACAAGAAUGGUGUAAGAUUGUAUUGUUCAUGUCUUCUCCUAUAUUAA